AUGACGACUACCCCAUCGCAAACUACAUCCUCUCAAACCCCUUCAACAAUGAUUCUCCCUGAGGGUCUCACCGCAGAUUCCAUCGACACAAUCCCCGUUCUCUGCGAAAUUCUUUCGCGUCUCCAAAACUUCUCUCCAAGCAAUUCAUCCGCAACUUCUCCACCAGGCGCGACCCCUUCAUUCAAUGCAAAUAGCACCGGGCCAUUAAAUAUCAAAGAUAUCUACACUGCGACCGAUGGCAUUAAACAUAAAUUACAAAAAGCGAGGGCAAGUGUGAAGGGUUUGCCAGAUAUGCAUAGAUCUAUCGAAGACCAGGAAGAGGAGUUGAGAGAGUGUGAAGAGAAGAUUAGGCAGCAAAGGGAGGUAUUGAACUUAUUGAUGAAAGUAGGAUUGAACAUGAAGAAAGAGCGAGAAGGGAGAGGAUCGGGGGACAUAAUGGAAACUUGA